AUGGGUUCCCUCAAGAAAGCCCUAGCCAAAGUCAAGACGGGCCUGCACAGCAGCCCAGGCUCGACUUCCGACGACGACUCCGGCCUCAAGUCUCCCCCGCCAACACUCAAUGGCAGAUGCCAGUCGCCCAGCACCACCACCCGCUCUUCCGGCGGCGCCAGCAGCCAGCGAGCUAGUGGCGAGCUCAAGCGCAAAGACGCCGUCUCGCCCUCGGAUAGCAGGACGAGCAUCGAUGCGCCGCGCAAUUCCCUGAGCGGCCUGCUCCACCGCCGCACCGACAGCCCCAACCGCCAGCACCACGCGCGCAAAGGCUCCGUCUCUGCCAGCAGCCCUAUCCGCGCCGUCAAGGAAAGGCUGCACAUUGGCGAUGCCUCUUCUGGAGACGAGGCCAAUCCCCUGAACCGCGAGGGCGAGCCCAUGUCCAAGAACCAACUGCGCAAACAUGAGAGGCAAGCCCAGCAGGAGGAGCGCUUCAAGCUGACCAGGCAGAAGGAGCAGGAGCUUGAGCGCAGGAGGAGAGAGAUGGAGGCCCAAGCCGACGCCGAGUUGUCUCCCGAGCAAAAGGCCAAGUACGGCCUCGUGCCUCCCAACUCGUACGCUGGACCGUGGAAACAUGAGCCGCGCCACAAUCUCCAAGACUUCUCUGCAAAGGACGUUGGCAAGGAGGUCAUCUUCCGUGCUCGCAUCCACCACCUGCGCAAGAUGAGCUCCAAAUUCGUCUUCUUCAUCUUCCGCCAGCAGCUCGUCACCAUCCAGGGUGUCUUGAUGGAGCAUGCAGACAUCUCCAAGUAUUUUCUCUACUGGGCCGAGCAUCUCGAUGCCGAGACCGUCGUCCUCGUCAAGGGCAUUCUUCAGGAACCCAAGGCCAAGCAGGGCGAAGUGAUUGGCGCCACCAUACACGACGUCGAAGUCUCGGUCCACGCCAUGCACGUGGAAGCGCCCAUCACCGACCAUCUGCCCUUCAACGUCAACGAGGCUGAAGUCACUCGCGCCGAUGUCGAAGCAGAUCUCGCCAAGCCCGACCACAAGGAGGGACACAACCGCGUGAGGAUUGCAGACCGCACGCGCUUGAACAACCGCAUCAUCGACUUGCGGUCAACAGCUUCGCAGAGCAUUUUCCGCAUCCAGUCUGGCAUCUGUAGCCUGUUCCGUCAACAGCUCGAUUCGGAAGGCUUCAUCGAGAUCCAUACUCCCAAGUUACAAGGUGGUGCCACAGAAUCGGGCGCCAGUGUCUUCAAAAUCGAUUACUUUGGACGAGGCGCUUUCCUAGCGCAGAGCCCUCAAUUGGCCAAGCAAAUGGCUAUUUCUGCCGAUUUUGGCAAGGUUUAUGAGAUUGGUGCGGUCUUCCGUGCUGAGAACAGCAACACCUACCGCCAUUUGACCGAAUACACUGGCCUCGAUCUGGAAAUGCAGAUUGAUGAGCACUAUCACGAAGUCCUCCGUGUGCUGGAUCGCACGUUCAAGAACAUCUUCAAGGGCAUCUACGAGCGAUACCGACCCGAAGUCGAGACCAUCAAGAGGUAUUUUCCCCACGAGGACCUGGUCUGGCUCGAUGAAACCCCCGUCCUUCCAUUUGCCGAGGCAGUGCGCAUGCUAAAUGCAUCUGGAUGGAGAGAUGACGAGGGCAAAGAGCUAGAUGAGAAUGAGGACUUGGGCACGAGGGAUGAGGUGCAACUCGGCCGUGUCAUCAAAGAGAAGCUUGGUACCGACUACUACAUUCUCGACAAGUUCCCAGUCAACGCUCGUCCUUUUUACGCCAUGCCGGAUCCAAACAACCCCAACGUCACCAAUUCCUUUGACAUCUUUUGCAGAGGUCAAGAGAUUCUCAGCGGUGGUCAGCGUAUCCAUGAUGCUGACAUGCUGCUUGAGAAGAUGCGUAAGCUUAAGAUUGACCCCAGCUCCAUGGAGGAGUACAUUCAGGGCUUCCAAUGGGGUGCCCCACCGCACGGUGGAGGUGGCAUCGGCCUCGAGCGUAUUCUCAUGCUCAUGAUGAGUCUUGGCAAUAUCCGACAUGCUUCCAUGUUCCCCCGUGAUCCCAAGAGUUUGCCAGAAAAGCCCGUUGUCAAGCAAUUGCGUCAUCCAGAAGCAAGCACCAUGCACCCACCAUGGGAAGGACAAGAUCGGGCGUUUGCCAAGAUUGAUCUACAGCCCAUCGAGAAGCUCAUUGCCAAUUACGGCGACGCUACGAAUACCUCAUGGCUUGAACCGCGCACAGAGAUUUGGCGCGACGAGUCCACGGGUGCAGCCGUCGGCUUCGUACCUGUUGACGGUUAUGCCAUCACCGUCGGUGAUCCUCUCUGCCAUGAGUCGCAGUAUCUGAAGACCAUGACGGGGUACCUCAAGUACAUCAAAAAGGAGCGAAAUCUCAAGCCUCUUUGGUUGCUUGUAGGUGCUGCAGCUGAGGAAGUCUUGGCUACAAAAUUCAAUUGGCGGACCUUUUCCGUCACUGGUGAACAGCGCGUCGAUCCAGUGCACAAUCCCGCUGACAAGGAUGGUGACAUUCAACGCAAGAUUCGCCACGCCGAGAAGGAGGGCGUCAAGAUCAUUGACUAUCCACUGGGCACACCACCGCCAGCAGACGUCAAGGCAAAGGUGGAUGCCCGUGUUGAGGACUGGCUGAGGAACCGCAAGGGCAAGCAAGUGCACUUGACCAAUAUCCACCCCUGGCAAGAUGAGGAGCACCGUCAAUAUCACGUCGCCUAUACGCCCGAUGGCACAAUCUGCGCCUUUGUCGCCAUGGCCCAACUCUCGCCAGACCAUGGCUGGCAAGUCAAGUACUCCCUUGACUUCCCCAACGCGCCCUCUGGCGCCAUAGAGCAGAUUGUGACACACGCGCUCAAGGCAGUCGCAUCAACGGGCGCAACAAGCGUCACUUUUGGUGGUGGUGCCUCUUCCAAGUUCAGCCCCGGCCACAAUGUCAAAGGCACGCGGGUCAAAGUUCUCAGCCGGGCCUACCACGCGAUUUCCACAGAACUCAAGCUUACCAACAAGACUGAGUUCCGUGAAAAGUUGGGUGCUGUCGACGACCCGAGUUAUAUUUGUUAUCCGCCGCAUGGGCUGGGCCCGUUGGCGGUCAAGGCGAUUAUGAACUUCUUCUCGGACGAUGACGAGAACUAA